GCGGGUUGUUGCUGCGCCGUUUCUGGAAAUCUCGGGGAAGGAGCAGCCCUAACUAACUUCGGACUCACGUUUCGCUGCCAUCUUCCGUAAGAACCGUGUAAGUCGAAAGGAGGUCUCCAAUUCGUUCUCAACCUUGUUUCUUUUAGUAUUGCGAGUGCCUUCAUCAACACCUUCACUAGAGGGGUGGGGUGGAGAGGCGGGCUGAGAGGAUCGACUCUCGGCAUCUCGCUAUAAAAGAGCAGCCACCUGAGUUGAUGAGGCGACUUUCCUCCCGCUGGCCACUUGUUACCCGACUGCUGCUGCUUAGAACGAACGAGUAUGCGGUCUACGCUGCUGCUGCUGCCGCCCUUACUGGCGCUGCUCGCCGUCUCCCGGGUCAGCCCGGAAAAGCCGACGCUGCUCAGGCUGUGCGGCCGCGACCUGAUACGGGCAGUGGUCUACAUGUGCGGCGCUUCGCGCUGGCGGAGAGAAACCGGACCCAACGAGAUGCUGGAGCAUCAGAAACCACCGUUCGUGGGAUUCCACCUUUCAAAACGGCUCCUCGCCCAAGGUUUGGGAUCAUCCAGCGGAGAGGAUUCGAGUUACAGACGGGACCUUUUGGAAGACAUGUUGGCGGUUUACCAGAAUGCACCCCGGGACAAGCGUCUAUUCAAUCAAACUCAUGCCGAUCUCUGCUGUCGGAGGGGCUGUACCAAAAGGCAAAUCAGCUUUUUCUGCUGAAGCGCCGAGGAGCGGCAUCCGAUUGCUGCCACGGGUAUCUUUGGCCUGGGAGCCAUCGGAGCAUUGUUUGUGUUUAAAUGCAAAAUACAGUACUGUAUAAUUGUUGUUCAACGCAAAUUCGGUGUACGGCGUCUGUUAAUCGAUUGGAAAAGAAACAUUUUAGGGUGCAAGAAUGCGCUCUCUGUUAAAUGUUGACAUAACAAUAAAA